GGAUCGAGACCACAAACUAAAUUUAUAAUAGUUGAAAUGUGAGAUUCCACCAGUGAUGCAGUGAUGGAUGAAGAAGAAAGGAGAGAAAAACUUGAUAUUUAUUAUCAGCGAGGUAAAUUGUUCUCCUUUGAAAAAAUUAUGACUAUCGGUUGCGUAAUGACAUUUCAAAUAUCCGUUUAUAGUCAGCCUUACUUGUAACUAAUUCCUUUUUUUUUUUGUUUGUUUGUGGUUUUUUUUACCAUACUAAGCAGUUAAUAAUAGAUGAGCUUAGGCUAAAAUUCGAAAGUGUACUUGCAUCAACUUACAUAUAUAUGUAGCUCCUGACAUGCCAUCUAAUUCAAAGUUUUAUAAUAACAAGGAACACAGAUGUUAUUUCAAAAUUAUACAUUGUAGAUGUACACAUACAUGUCUAUGUUACUUCACUCAUUAGUUGAGUCAAUUUCUUUCAGUAACAAGACAAAUCCUUCAGUAUCAAAGUGCAAGCAUUGGACUGCUUCCUAUGCAUACAGCUAAUGUUCAUAAUGAAGAGAGUCAUGUGCGAGAUAAUAUUUACUGUGCCAUGGGUGUGUGGGCUCUGGCACUUGCCUACAGGUGUGUAAUGUUGAAUACAAAGCCUGCAAUUCAGUCUGUACAACUGACUACUUGCAAUGUGUUUGGAACAAAGUUAACCCUUUAAAUCCUAGAUCAAAUUUGUAAUUCUCUUUACUGUCAACCACACAAUUCUCAUAAUUUUCCUUCAGAGAAUUUAGUAUUGGAUCAACUAAUUAUCCCCAAAUUGAUAUUUUUCUUUACUCUCAUCACUUAUCUGGUUGAUAUUGUAUUGAUUUUGUGAGGAGAAAUUCUGUCUUGGUCACUCAUGGGAGUUAAAGGGUUAAAGAAUUGAACUAUUUGCCAUAUUUUUUUCAUAAUCUUAAGACUACUCUGUAACUCUGAUUGAGCUAUUGAAUUCCAUCAAGCAGGUAUGGAUUACAAAUGAAAGCCAUGAUUUUUGCUGUCAAAUUUCUCUCUUAGACAUAUGGAUGACAGCAAAGGACGUGCAUAUGAACUUCAGCAGGCUGCUGUGAAAUGCAUGAGAGGAAUCCUGUUCUGUUACAUGAGGCAGGCUGACAAGGUUACUGAAACACUUGGAAUUUUUUUUUAGUAUCCUAAAAUAUUUUGACUAGGUUCAAUAUGAAUUUUUUCAAAGUAUUAUCAGUCUAUAGUCAAUGACUGUGGUGUGAAACAUUGGAUCAUUAGGAAUUUUGAAAAUGAUGAAAAAAAUGAUUUAUUGUACAAUUACAUAUCACUCUUGCAUCUUCAACCAAACAAGUAGUCAGUCAGUCAGUCAGUUGUUUAACCAUUAUCAUUCUGUUCUUCACUCACUCUCUAAAUCAGUGGCAUAGUUGGCCCUUUCACUUUCAAGAUCUCAUUUAGCUAUUCUCCUUAUUGUUUGUAAUUACAAUUCUUAUGAUGUUAGUGCAGAAAAUUGGAUAUUGGAUUUACUAAUAAUCCUUAAUCAAUAUUUUUCUUUGUUCUUUAGCACUUGUCUUCUUGAUAUUGUAUGGAUACUAUAGGGAAAAAUUAUUAUAUCUUGGUCCCUCAUGGGAGCAUUAAAGCAUUUCAACCUUAGAAUGUGUCUUCUCUAUUUUUUUUAGAAUGUUUCAUUAACUGAAUAAAUGCAUUUAUAUUUUUGUUUUGCUGCUAGGUGGAACAAUUCAAAAAGAACCAGUCAGCACAGAAUUCCCUUCAUGUCAAAUUUAACGUGAACACUGGGGACACAAUUGCAUCAGAUUCCGAUUGGGCACAUUUACAGGUUUGAAGCUAACUUUGAUUGUAUCAGUCUUUUUCUUCCAUUUUAUAUUCAAGCUUAAUUAAGUACGCUUUAUCUCUCUUUAUUUACAAGGGGCCUAAAAUCUAAGAGUAAAUACAGGUCAUGAAAUCUGUAGGAAGGCAAUUUAAGAGUGGGGGUUUUAUUAUAUCGAGAUAAUGCUGUUAUUACAAUUUUGUGUUUUGAUAAGCUCUCCAUCUCUUUUUUUUGUGAUGUUUCAGAUGGAUGCUGUAUCUCUGUACCUUUUAACCCUGGUCCAAAUGACUGCAUCAGGACUACAGGUAAAUAGUGGAACUUAAGUGUCAUUCGAUCAUGCAAUGGUUUGAGGUCAAGAGAAAAAGUAUAUUGUUCAAAGUGAAACUCUAACCUCACCUAGCUGGUAAAUAUGAUUAAUCAAAUGCUUUAUGAUUAUUUUAGAUUAUUUACACAAGUGAUGAGGUUAACUUUGUUCAGAAUCUUGUGUAUUACAUCGAGCGAGCUUACAGAACUCCAGAUUAUGGUAUGUGGGAGAGAGGGAGUAAAGAAAACAUAGGGCACAAGGAGCUAAAUGCCAGGUGAGUGAUCACCCUUUGACGACAUUCUCCUGUAAUCAUUGAAUCAAUAACUGUUCUGUGAGAAGUGUCAGAAAACCUAGAGAACAGUGAUGUCUAAUGCAAUAACAGUGGCCUACCUUCAUUAACCCUUUAAGCCUUUAGAGCGACGAGCAUGUAAUGUCUCCUUGCAGCAGUACAGCUGAAUCAUUCAUCAAGAUAAUGAGUAUAAAGGAAAUGAUUCCUAACCUAAGAAGCUUUGAUUGUUAAACAAAUUCUCCUUGUCAGUGCUAAAGGAAAUGUAUAGAGAGGAGUGUGGAGAAUAUGGAUACUGAUGUUAAGGUGUUAAAGCUCAAUUGGAGGGCUCAGAGCAAGAACGAUCCCUUGAUUUUUCGGCCAUUUUUGAAAGUGUUCAGAAGUAGUUGAAUUUUGGCAUGUGGACACUUUAAAAAAUGGCUGAAAAAUCAAGGGAUCAUUCUUGCUCUGAGCCCUCCAAUUAAACUAGGGUGCAAAUAAAUACAACUAGGUACAUGACAUAAAAGGGUCAUGUUUGAAGAAUAAGCCCUUUAUUAGAGUGCAGGAAGGUAGUUUGUCUUACUAUCUUUGGUGAUGUUUUCUGCUGGUAGAUAAUCAACUAAAUAUGGGUGCCAUGGAAUAAAGAUUUUUAAUUUCUUGCAAUGUUUUCUAGGAAAGAAUUCUCUGAUUUGUAGAAUGUGCAAUUCUUCUUCAAAAAAGCUUUUCAUAAUUAAACUAAUCAAUUGGAAAUCCUUAUUUGUAUCAAUAAACAGCUUAUUGAUUCAACUUUGAAAUGAGAAACCAGUGGUGCAAUGUAGCUACAUUAAAUUUUUAAAGAAAUAAUCUAGUGUGUUGGUAAAUAUGGCUUCUUAUUUUUAAUGAAUUUGUUUAAGAGUAUGAUUUUAAUUUUUGUUAAUAAGUCUGUGGCUAAUAUGACAUUGAUCAUUGGAUUUUCCUCUGUUUGUUUUUACAGUUCUAUUGGGAUGGCAAAGGCAGCCCUAGAGGCUAUAAAUGGAUUUAAUAUUUAUGGAAUGCAGGUUCGAAUAAUCUUGGAGAUAAUGCUGUGCAAUAACACAGACUUUGUAAUGACCAUUAGAUUAAUUUAUAGAUGACAGUAGGCAUUAGUUGAUGCUGACCAAUGGUAAAACUUUCAUGACUUUUCAAUGGUGACUUAUCAGUCAAUGACUUUUCGAUAAUUGAGGUUAAUUUCAUUGGCAAAACGCUUUCUUUUGGAAAUUAUAAUGCUUGGAUGGCUCGUUGAUUGAUGAUUAAUUGAUGAUUAGUUGAUUGAUUAAUGAAUUGUAUGCUAUGGAUGAAGUAAUUUUGAGUUUAUUGGUGCUUCUCCUUCCCAUUCCAAGGCUUUUUUGUUCUCUUUCCUCCAUGAAAAGCAGCCCUUCAAUUAAUCAUAUUAGCCAAUAAGAGCAAACAAGAAAGAAGUCAAAACUUGGGUAAUGUGAGGGAGUACCAGUAGGUGGUAAUGGGUUUUACAUUUUCAUCUGAUCGGUUGUGACAGUGGCAUGGGAUUUCUGGACCAAUUGCAGGCAUGAUAAGGCAACGCCAAUUGUAAAUGCAGAUCAUUUUCAACACUCAAUCAGUACGUACCUCAAUACAAAUCAAGUUGUGAAACAGUAACACCAGAUUAUUUACAAUCUUAGGGAACCUCAUCAUCAGUGAUCUAUGUUGAUCCAGAUGCUCAUAACAGAAACUACACCAUCAUGAAUUCUAUGCUGCCAGUAGCAUCCUCAUCUAAGGUUAGAGACACAGUUUUUUCUUUUUUCCACAUUAAAGGUGUAUGGAUUGUGGCUGCUUGAGUCUUUAUUAAAUUCUAAAUUCUAUGAGAUUAACUAUUAUGCAGGUGAGCCCACCAACUUUAACCAAUCUCCUCAUAGGCCAGUUUCCAUGAAAAUUUUGGCCAAAUACAUAAAUUUAUGAAGGGGUUGCCAGUUAUCUCCCCCCCCCUCCUUGUUUCUUAGAAAAAAAAUAAUAAAAGAAAGAAAAAUGAUGCUGUCAAUCAUUUUUGGAUGUUCAAGGGACAUCUAAACAAGAAUAAAUAGGCAAAUUUUUAUGACCAAAAAUGACCUGACAUCAAUUAUAAAUUUUUAAAAAUCCAGUGUUACUUUAGAACAUCAAAAUUAACUCGCUAGUACUCUUAACGUCGAGUCGACCGAAACCGUGGUUGCUUGCAGCUGAAAACUUUUAGUUUGGGAGGGGCACGUCGACAGUUAGACGUCUUAAUACUUCGACCUGCAACUGUCUGUCCUGGAAUCUAGAGUAACAACCUCUGGACAAUCAUAUAUCUUACUGAUAAUAUUAUUAAAUUCGUGUACGUAGACAGUGUUCGAAUUGUUUUCGUGAAAUGUUUCUUUGUGAUCAGGUGACAGAUGCAUCCAUGUUAACAAUCACUGGUUUUCCUGCAUUUGCUGUCGGCGAUGAUUCCUUGCGCAAUCUAACAAAAGAAAUGGUUUUGGAAUCUUUGGAGGUAAUCAUCGAAAACCUUUCCAGUCUUGUUUCUUUAUCGUUUGGCAACACCAGACUUCAUUUAAGGGUCAACUGAAAAUGACAUUUCAUGUUAUGAGAUAAGAUGAAGUUUUUAUUUUUGUUACAGAGGAAGAUAGCCUGUCAGCCUUAGUUGGGUUAGGGGGGCUAUUUUUGGCUCCGUUAUUUUUGUUAAAUUAUUUUUGGUUUAAUUUAUUUUUAUUUCUGCAAAAAAAGUAGAGGGGGGGGCGGGCUAAAGCCCCCCCCCCCAGUCCCUCCCGCUGCGCGGUCCCUGUUGAUGCAAUGAAGUUGGGGAAAAGAACGUAAAUAUGAUACUAUUUCUGCUCAUAACUUUCCUUUUUCUACCUUGCAACUGAAAAAUUGAAAAUAACUGAAGAUACUGCUUUCUUUGUUAUACACGUUCUCAAGAAGUUCCUGUUCUGUUAACGUUUUUCAGGCAUCGAAGGAAAACUAGUUCACGCAAUUCUCCACUUUUUUUUUCUUCUUUUGCAGGGAAACUAUGGAUUAAAGCGGUUCUUGCGUGAUGGUUACAAAACUGUUAUGGAAGACAAGAAUCGCAAAUAUUACGAGCAGAGAGAAUUACAGGUACAACAUGCGUGCCUUGCGAUUAGCUUUAAGUGAAAACGAAUGAUGUGUUUGGAACAGUGUUAUGAAUUAAUUGAUUUAUCUAUUUAUUUUGCCAAUCUUAGCCGUAUUAUGUCAUUGUAACAAUUUUAGUCAGGUUAUUGAAAUAUUUACAGCACGAGGAAUAAAGUUUCCUGCCCUCAAGAUAGUGAUUUACCGAUUCUUAUGUGUCACAUAUUAAUUUGAUGCAUUUUGGUAUAAAUUUAUGAGGUGGCUGCCCUUUAUACUUAUUUUGUUAGUUAGAGUUUUGAGCUCGUGUAAUGGAGGUUCAACUCUGCCCAGUUAUCAUAUUCUAUUACAUUAUAUUGAAUCCAACGCGUGUGUAUUAAACUGAAACGUUUUCCUCUCUUCUGAUAUUUGACAGAUAUUUGAUGGUAUUGAAAGUGAAUGGCCAAUCUUCUUCAUCUACCUCGCUCUGGACGGUACUGUAUUCCUAAAAUUUUUGUUGUAUGGGUUACGUUAAAUACUAUUUUAGAGAUUUUGCUCAAGACCUUGAUCUAAAGUACAGAGUUAAAUUUAUCUUGAGCCUGCUUUUAAACGAGUAAUUCCGAUUGUGUUUAUACUUUUUGUACAUUGUAACAUUGAUUUCCAGCCCUAUCCGUUGACCUUCUCUCCAUUUUGUCCCGUUUCUAAUGCUCCAUAUCACCCAUGUCACAGCCCUGUUUAAGAAUGAGAAGGAAACUGCAGAGAAGUAUAUCAGGAAACUGCAAGAUGAGUUACUGAUAACCACCGACACUGGUAAGCAAUAUUUUUCCAGCUUUUUGUGUGGCUAUUUAUCCCAAAAUGAACUCCAUAGUACACUGGUAUGAACUUUCUUUUUAUUUCAAGGUUUUUCUACUAGAGCGACAAACACGCAGCAAAUAAACUACCAAAACUUUAUCUUACAAAAGUUUUAACCGUUCAAGCCAUUUAAAACUCACCCCUUUUUCAGUCGUUUUUAAUCAAAUGAUAUGCUUGUUUUUUAAUCAAAUCUGGCCUGUUUAUUCGUCUAGUGUGGUGGAAAUGCAAGAAUUGACUUAUAAAUUCCACAAUUGACCUACGAGGUUGUAAACUUUUCUCUUUCUUUUAUAUUUUUUGUCUCCAUAGACGAAUUUAUCCCACAUUGUUACUAUGUGCCGAAAAUGUACCUUGAAGAGGAACGGAAAAAACCACAUUCUAAAGUUCGACUGCCAAGUCACAACGAUGGAGAUCUCUUUCUCUGGGGACAGUCGCUUCUGAUCAUAUUGAAUCUGUUAAGUAAGACUGGAAGUGUUGUAUCAAAAUCAAAUAACUAAAGGUUAUUCCACGAGUGUGCUUUUGCCAUGAAGUUUCUGACAAGAAAUUCAAUCAUCUAACACAUUAACGGGAGGGAAUCAAAUGAUCGGUCAGAAAAUGUCAGAAAAUAUCAGAAAAAUUUGCUAAAUGUAAUUCAAUUUUCAGUUCCUCGCCGUCAUAGUUGCUAUGCGUCAACAAGAUCGUGAGGUUAAAAAAAAACGAAACUAUCGCAAUAAUAGAUAAAAAAGGGGAUGUACAAGGCACACCUAGAACCUCAAAACGUACAAAAAUGAUAAUUUUCAGUUCGGAAUAGUGACUAUAGGAGGCUUAAUUUGAGAUGAAGCACAUCAAUACAACUGAUUCCCGGUUUGUACGUGGUGUAUGACUCAUGUGACUCACAUAAAGGUCAGGCCAAGCCAAGUGAAACAGUAUUGGUGAAUCAUAAGAUGACCCACUAGAAAUGAUUCAUUUGUUUUUGAAGCAAAGAGAAUGAAUGUCGUUCAAAGAAAGGAAACAUGGAGCAAGCACGAAUAGAACACUCUUGAUGUGCUUUUUGUUAUUAUGCGAUUAUUAUCCUUACUAUUGAUGAUAUUUGUGUCGUUAUUGUUAUUAUUAUUAUUAUUAUUAUCAUCAUCAUUAUUAUUAUCAUCAUCAUUUGCGUUUUUCCUGUAGAUGAUGGCCUUCUGGAUGUGAACGAGAUCGAUCCCAUAGGGAGGCAUUUGUCUCACUCGGCUAAAAAUCGCUACGGUCACAGCAGUUAUAGGUAUUCAUCAUUUAAGGUAUGUUUUCGUACAAUGUUUGAUAUUACAAAUGUCGUUAAACCUGACCUAUCUAAUCGUACAAUGCUGAGGAAAAUAUCAAUGGUUAUAGCUAUGAAAAUGUGCGUGCAACUACAUGUAUGAGUUAAACUUUUGCUUAAACAAUUUUCCAAUUUUGGCAAGCACGACAAACUGAGCAUUAGGAAAAUAGUGUAUUUGUUCUGGUGCAUUCAGAAAAAAAAAAAGUUUUUCGCGUAUUUUUUUUUGGCUACUUUCCUUCUUCUAACUCUUAUAUGUCUUUUCAAGGUUGCUGACUCGGAUCUGGUUGUUCAAGUCUCCCUGAUUGCGGAAAGCAGAAAGUAAGAAUUUUUCAAACUUUCUUGAUUCUCUAAGAUUUACCAUCUCCUUCUACAUCAUCAGCGCGCAACAGCAUCACAUAUCGAUAUUCUUAUCAUGACAGUAUGAAGGAAGUUUGCUGUCACUGACCUAGUUAAACGAUCUAGCCUACCACGGGUAGCGUUUAGCUCUGUGGUAGAGCAUCCGAAGUACUCAUUGGAAGGUCGUUUGUACGACUCCUGUAGGGAGCACUUGGAAUUCUUUUUUCCGAGUAUGCCCUCGGAAAUCACUGAAAAACAUUAUCGUUCACUUCUUGAUGGUUUUUAAUCUUAACAAAUUUUACUUGGCAUCAGACCAGAAACAGCCGACUGGCUUUGGUGUUUGUUAAAUGGACACCGUGUAGUUCUGUAAUAGUCAGUCUAAUCUUUGUUUCAACUCCCUUACGGUGCGAUGCAAAGUUAAAAACUCUGUUUUCAAAUCCUUGCUAGCGGUUUGUGUUUCUGUUUCAAAAUCGAACAUCUAAACGGUCUAAGCAAGAGAAGAGAGUUUGCGUAAAAUUCGGUGAUUUUUAAGAUUUCUUUUUCCUGACAUUUUAGCUUACAAGCUUCUUUGGCAACAUUUGGUAUUGAGACGCAGACACCACAACAGAUUGAGCCAAUACAGAUCUGGCCGCCAUCAGAACUGGUGAAGGUAAAAAGACAUGUUCAAUUAUUACUAGCCCUAGGUUACAUUGGCUGAUCGAGCCAAUACAGAUAUGGCCGCCAUCAGAACUGGUGAUGGUAAAAAGACGUGUUAAAUCAAUACUAGCCCUAGAUUACAUUGGCUCCUCUUUUUUUUAAAGAAAUUCAGGACAAAAUAAUACCCAGGUAAAGCACAAUUUUAUUGGUGACUCACUUACGACAAAACGUUUUGGAUGAUUUAUUUGAGAUAUAUCGACAGGUUGGCCCAUUUCAGCUUUAAAGCUGGUUUACUUGGGGGCCUCUAUAAACAAUGACAAAGCCAGACCACAACACUGGGAGCUGGGUUUGCUACUAUUUAAGAGAUGUGUGGGUUCUUUAACUUCCCCUGCUAACAAUAUCCUUAAUAGUAUAUUUAUGGAGAAAUUUAGAAGACAGCUGACCGCAGCGAACUUGUAGCUGUGUAUGUAACGUGUAGCAGCCAGUGAAAACAAGUGAUGUCUCGUGUCAGUUGUGAAUUUUUUUUUCCCUGUAGGCGUACAAACGCCUUGGUGUCAAUCGUAAACUUGGUUUGACUGGUCGACCGACGAGACCCAUAGGAAGUCUGGGAACUAGUAAGGUAUGAGUACACCUCAACUUGCAUCCUUUGAAUUUAAUACCUCUAAACCAAGCGUCACGUUAAAGGCCCGUGAGUAUGUCUCCACAAAAAUGCCUUUAAAUGCCCGGAAAAAAAAAGUGACUUUUCGAAACGUCUGAAAAUAACAACAGGGAUGAUGAUGAACCAAGAAGGAACUGAUGAUGUAACACUGUAUCUUAUGGCCACAGAUCUACCGCAUCAUGGGCAAAACAGUGGUAACAUACCCUAAGCUUCUGGACGAAACUGAUUUUUAUAUGGCUCUGGACAUGUCUCUUCUCAUCGACGAAAUAAAGGUAACCAGAGGAAAGAACUUCAAGUGUAUAGAGCUUAUUAAAAGUACUUCUUAUUAUACUAGUAUGCUUUGUAGUCGGUAUCGUGGCAAAACUAUUUGACAAAGAGUGGUCUUUUUUGUAGUAGAUUUAUCGAAUAGUUUGAUUGAGGAAGAUGACUUCCUUUUAUCUCGAGCGUGGGACAUAGUUGUAACUCUGACUUGCUGAUUCCGCGCUGUGACUCAUUUCUAUGUUUAUGUUAGUGUCCUUUUUAUUGUUUUCACGAACAUGACGGUUUCCGUCGCCCUAUUUUCAGACGAAUUUAGCCUUGGUGCGGAACAAUUGGAACAUGAAAGGAAGACCAACGCUGUGCCUUUUACUGCGAGAAAAGAACUUACGGUAAGGAAAGUAGCAUCAACAACAACAACAAUGAGUUGUAACUCCCAAUAAAAAAGGCAAAAGAGGAUGAAAGGGAGGAACUUUCUUGUCCCUAUUUGAGCGCGCUUAGGGUGCUUCAUCUUUUCUCUUCAUAUUAACAUUAUUGUUCAACAUUAAAGUCAAUAGAAUAAUUUAUACAACAUAAAAGGAUGAAAAAAGUUUAAACCUUUACGAAUCUAUUCUCUUCAUUUAUACACAGAUGUUCAACAUCUGACUGAAACAAAAAAAAACAAAAAAUUUAAAUCAGUUUAUACACUGCUUGAGAAAAAACUUCUUCGGCCUAAAACUGUCCGAAAAAUGUUUGACUUGUGAAUCAUUGUUUUUCUUUUGUAAUUUUAUUCAGGGGCAAGCAAUUUCAGGAGACUCUUGAGCUGUUAGCUUCAUUUAAAAGAGGAUAUUGUGGAGGAGUGAAAAUCAAACUUGGCAGACUUCAGGUGCGACAAUUUUUUAAGUUCAAUCGUUUCAAGGUUAAUUUUAAAAACGGUUGAUUCAAAUGUGGUCUUGUGCUUUAUACAGACUAUGGUGUCUACAGCUGCUAUUGAUCAUCUGGACUUUCUUCAAGCUGAAAGCGAUGUCAGCAGGUAUUUAUGUUAUUUUCUCUAGACAAUUAGUUCGGUUGAAAUAGAGAAAAAAAAAAGAAUCACGCCAUUUAUCACGUGGUUGUACUGCGAAUCACCCAGUAAAAUCACGUCGGCCUAUCCUCCAGCUUUAUCGGGCUCAAAGAAGUUUGCAAACAGUCUUUCACGUCACUGAAACCCUGCUCUUUCUAUUUUUCACUCGGCUAUAGUGAAUGCUUUUGAAAUGCGGUUAAAUGGUUUAGAUUACAGUGGAGAAGUCGUUUAUGUGUCUAUAUUCUGGAAAAGUAAAAUUAUAUGGGCGGUUUUUUUCUAGGUUAGUUCAGAGCCUUUCAGACCAUUUAGGUUUUUCAACUGAAAAAUGUGCCGUUUAUAUGGCUCUACAUAAAUGUUUAGUUCUUGUUUUUUAUUCUUUCUACAAUUAUUUUUUCGCUUAUUUUCAGUGAACUGGACGAUACCGAUGGAGGUUUGGACCAAGCGCGUGUCAAGGAGAAGGAAAGCGUAGAUUCCAAUCCCCCUACACCCGGUUCGUCCGAGGGGCAUAGACUAAGUCAUACCGUGCGGAUGAGUCGCUCCAUGACAGUGAGUGUCGAGGAUGAAGAUCAUCAAGUUGAUGAGGCGGACGGAAAGUAAGUCUCUUCUGUUCAUGCUCUCAUCAGGAACAUUAUGAGGAAGUGUUUUCAAUGUGGAGGGUCGAGAGAGAAGUUUAAGAAUUGCACCUCGCCCUCUAAUUAGUUCCGCCCUUUUUGUAGCUCCAGAGAUCUGGUGACGAAAUCACGGGAAUCGCUGCUGGCCGAACUGCAAGACAAGCCAAGCGUCGACAGGCAGAUGAUGAUAUUACAAGAGCUGGUGAAACGAGAAGGGGAGGAUUUCCAAACCCCUGAUGGUUCACUCAAAGACAUGGUCGACCUUCUCUAUCAGAAGGCUGCUUACGAUCGUAAAUGGUCAGCGGUGAGACGGGGAGCUGGAGUGCUCAAAAAAUUAGUGGACAGUCUUGCGCCCGGGAUCACCACAAUACUUGUCAGCGGUAAAGUGGUAAGAUUACAUCAUCAUGUAACCAAGCUCGCGCUGGUAGAGAAUGAGAAGGGUCAUAUGAUACAAUCGAGCACAACGAGGUCCAAAUGAUAACCUCCUUUUGAAGUUUGCUGUGGGUUGUUUUCGCAUUUCUCGACGUCUUGGAAUCGAGCUUUGCGGCCAAAACGAUUGUGAGAAUUUAAAUAUCUAUCUAUCAGGAAAUACGCCACUAGGCACAUAUACCGAGUUUGAAAGGAAUGCUCGCUCGAACCAGAAAUGUAUGGUCUCAUUUGACUCGUGUGGAGUGCAUGUAAAAUAAGGUUGCUUGCUCCCGAAGGAAAAUGACAUGGUUGUCUUCAUUUUGUGCUAAUUUUCUUUUUAUCUCGUUCACGCCAGGUGACCAUCGGUGUGUUCGGACACGAGGAGAAAGUCAUAUACGAACCACUCACACCUGCAGCUAUUCAGGUAAACAAUUGGCUCAGAAUUUAGUAGACCAUCCUCCAUCCUCCAUUUUUACUGAAAGUAGGCUAUCGAUAGUGAGAAAAAAUUGCUAAUUCAGCGUAGACAAAUUUUGGCCUAGAGAAGCAACUACCUUGGGGGUGCCUGCGUAACAACACUAAGAUAGUUUGUGGGGAUUCUCAACAGUAGAGGUUAAAUUUCCACUUCUUACGACAAAAUGCCUUAUUAGCUGAUGUAAGGAGUUCUCUCUCUUCUCUUUUCAACAGAAAAUCUUGUAUUCCUUCUGUUCUCCUCAUGAUGUCAGAGAGGCAGUACUACAGCAAGAGGUCAGCGAGAAGCAAGUUGUUUUCGUUUCCAGGGUUCACAUCUCUUGCAAAGUUGAGAGUGUGCCAUGGAACUACAAUCAUUGACAAAUUAUUGAAACAACCUCGUCAUGGUUGUGUUUAGAUCCCUUCCUUUCACUAACUACGAAUUACGUUUUCAGAACAGAGCACUGUCUUUCUUUGGUUCGUUGAGCCAACGAAAGGGGAUGGGAAUGAUGUCCGUUCGACUUUUGUAACUGAUUGUGAGUUGGAGGAUGUGAAAUUUUUUCUUUAUUCAUAUAGUUUGUUCUUCCUUCAGAUGGUUCUCUAUUUGGCUGCAUUUGUAGCCACUAUGCCGAAUGUUUUUGAAGGAAUGUUAAAGAUAAGAAUAGGGUAGGUAACUUUAUUUUCCCUGUGCUGUAGAAAAGGUAAUUCAAACGCUAAGUACCAUGUAUUACAGAAGACAACCUGAUUUGUCCAGUAACUUUGUUAACUCCAUAACGCCUAGGAUCUAUAUCAAAAUUCUCCUUUUCAUCUGUUAUACCUUUCACUGGAUAAGGUAUCAGCAUUUCAAGGUGUUGGUUUUGUGGAAUUCACUUCUGUAAACAUAGGGUUUGAGACAUCGUGUAAACUUAGUUUAUCACGUUGUGGUUGUGUCCUUGCCGUAUCUGUGACCUGUGUAUUCACGGCGUGUUCUUGUGACAUCUCUGUUUUGAUGUAAAAGAUACCUAAUCUUUCGACUCGACUUUCCUUUGUCUACACAUAAGUCUUCAGCGAUUCUUUCAACUAUUUGGUGAGUUAAUAGAGUACAAAUUUUGGGGGGACUGGGGUCUAAUGGCGGACACACGCACCGUCAUUAGGCUCUUCGUAUUUCUUAUUCUUCUAGCCCAUCUAGCGGAGCCUAGGUUCACCAGCUUGAUUUACAGGACGGCUAAAGAUACUAACCUGCCAGUCGGACCAUCUCUCAAACUGGAACUGGUUAAAUUUCGCCGGAAACAUCGAGUUAAGUUCGCUGUUCAGAAGACUACUAAACAUGGGCCUGUUAUGAUAUGUCUGCCCGAAGCAGCGUUUGUCCUACGGCCCGUCGGACUAGAAAACAUCAUUAGAAGUGGUGACGUUCACCCUCUACCAGGACCCUGUUUAAUUCAAGACCAGCAAAGGACUUCUGACCGAACCCGACCAACAAUUGCGUAUUCUCCUUCGGCUUUGCGUAAUUUGGCUGCCUCUAUUAAUAGCGUCUCUUUGCGUCCUGAAUUAAAACACCGACUCCAAGACCUGGGCAUUCUACGCUUUCGGAAUACCUUCACUCAAAAACACAUGCCGAUUCCUGUGAUUUCAAGACCCUGUCAAUCCAGGAAUAUUUACAACUCAAGAUCAAGAAAUUUAAAUAAUUGUGUCUCCAUCUUUACUGGUGAUUAUGUUAAUUCUCGUAGCUGUCCCUUUGUUCCGCGAACAAUAGGAGAGGACGCACGAUCGAUUCCGGUCAGGAUCACACCUCGUAGCGCAGUGCGUGGACCCAGUAAACCAGUAAAUCGUCAACGAGCAGUGAAAGUAAUCAAUCUAACUAAGAUUACUUCUCAAAAACGCCCCAAUUACAGCUUCCCAAGUUUCUACAUGGCAAAUGCUCGAUCGGUCAGGGACAAACUGGACGAGUUGACUGCUCAGCUUUUAAAGUUUCACAUGGAUAUUGCAAUUAUUACGGAGACUUGGCUGCAUGACUACAUCGAUAAUAACAUCCUUACCAUUCCAGGUUACAACAUCGCGAGACGUGACCGCCACAACCGAAUAGGGGGUGGCGUGUGCGCGUUCGUGUCUUCAGAGAUACCUUUCAAGCGUAGAUCUGACUUGGAGUCUCCAGAACACGAGUGUUUGUGGCUAUGGCUACGCCCUCAUCGUCUACCACGCCCACUAUCUGGUAUUAUAUGUGGGGUGGUGUAUUUUCCUGUGGCCUCUGCGCAAGUGCAGCGAGAUCGCACAAUGUACAUCAUAGAAACACUAGACUCCGUAAAGACUUCUUAUCCAGACUGUGGUGUAGUGUUAUUAGGCGAUUUUAACACCCAGGACAUCUCAGACAUGUUAGCCAAUCAUAACCUAAAACAAGUAGUUAUCAGACCCACUCGGGGCAAUAGCAUACUAGACCUUAUUUUAACGGAUUUUAGUGAAUACUAUAGCGAACCAAUUGUCAGCGCACAAUUAGGGUCUUCGGACCAUAGCUCUGUUCACUGGAAUCCGCUUUCAAUGAACCAACUAAACCCGCUGUGCGUUGAAAAGAAAAGGAUCCCGAUGCGUCGCUUUCCUCAGUCGGCAAUAAACGCUUUUGGGAGGUGGGCGUGUUCACACCGUUGGUUCAGUGAUUUAGAAGUAGACGGUGACUCACCAUCAGUUAACUCUCUCACUGACUCAUUUACUAAGGAUCUUUCAUCAGCCAGCGAUAUCUACUUUCCGUCCAAAUACGUGAAGAUUCAUCCAAUGGACAAGCCUUGGAUGUCACCUGAGAUUAAGGCUCUCAUAUUAGAGCGCCAACGCGCCUAUCUAAAUGGCCCGGAGGAGAAAUGGCGUCGCCUUAGAAAUAAGGUCAGAGAGGUUAUCACCCGCCGGAAAUGCGAGUUCUAUAAAAACAAAGUUAAUAACCUCAAGAGCACUGACCCGAGGAAAUGGUGGAGUAUGGUGAAUAAGCUUGCAGGGAAGGCUAGCAGCCCUAACGAACUCAGUUAUACUGACGAGGAAGGCAGAAUUAUCUCUGGCGCGACUCUCGCAACACGCCUUAAUGAGUUUUUUGUAUCUGUAAUAUCUGACAUUAAGCCACUUGAUACAAGUGCACUGCCCUGCUACUUACCAUCCCCUCAACCGCCCGUAAUCGAGACACAAAGGGUCUACAAAAGCUACUUGCCAUCAGCGCCUUUAAGGCCCCUGGGCCUGAUGGGAUUCCGACUCGUAUUUGGAAAGAAUAUGCUGCUGAGCUCGCUGAGCCGAUCACGCGAAUAUUCAACACUCUAUUGCAUCAGGCUCCUUCCCUACUGCAUGGAAAGACUCUAAUGUCACACCGGUACCCAAGGUUACGCCCAUAACCGGUAGGGAAGAUUUAAGACCUAUCUCCCUAACUGCAAUCGUCUCUAAAGUCCUGGAGGAUUUCGUAGUUGAAUGGCUAAUUGAGGAUGUUGUGCACCUCAUCGAUUUCAGCCAAUUCGGCUGCCUCAAAGGAACUUCAACCAUCUAUUGCCUGUUGGAUAUGAUGCACAACUGGUUGUCCUCUAUUGACAAACCAGGUAUGUUCUUAAGGGCCUGCUUCCUGGAUUUUAGUAAGGCUUUUGACCAUAUUGACCACACUAUCUUAGUCAAUAAACUCAUCCACCUUGGGGUCCGUGGUUUUAUUAUCCGUUGGAUUUGCAGUUUUCUUUAUGGCCGUCGCCAAGCUGUUAAGAUUAAGAACAUUGUAUCCCCUUGGUUGCCCGUGCACGCUGGAGUCCCGCAGGGCACUAAGCUUGGCCCCAUCCUGUUCCUCCUGAUGAUUAACGAUCUCGCGAUUGAAACUCCAUUACUAUCGAGCCACUGGAAAUAUGUAGAUGACCUAACAAUAUCCGAGGUCAUCCCAUCAGGCGGUACAUCGUCCCUUCAGAAAGAUCUUGACGCCAUUGCACAGUGGUCGUCGCGCAAUAAUAUGAACCUCAACCCAAAGAAGUGCAAGGAACUUGUGAUUUGUUCGCUUAGAACACGGCCAGAUCUUGGCCCUUUGUGCGUCAAUGGACGUCCCUUAGAACGGGUCUCCUCACACAAGGUCCUUGGAGUCACUAUCAGCGACACUCUUGGGUGGAAUGAGCACGUGCGUGAGAUUGUCUCCAAAGCCUCAAAACGUCUUUACAUCUUAAGAGUGCUCAAGCGGUCCGGAAUUCCACCCGAAGACCUUAUUAACAUAUUUUAUGCCUUGGUACGAUCGGUCCUCGAAUACGCCUGCGUCACUUGGUCUACUAGCCUACCAAUUUACCUCAAGGACAUGAUCGAAAGAGUUCAGAAAAGAGCUCUGCGUAUAUUAUUUCCGGCGUUGAGCUACAAAGACGCCAUUGUGGCUGCAAACUCCACUCGCUUAAAUGUGAGAAGAGACGAACUCUGCAAGAAAGUUUGGGACGGUAUCUGUGUGCCUGGGUCACGGCUGUACCACCUUAUUCCACCAAAGCGCGCCGAUUGCCACGUUUAUGAGUUGCGCAACAAAAAACCAUGUAUCACUCUUUAAAUGCCGGACCGAAAGAUUUAAAAAUCUUUCUUUCCAACAAUGGCGUCUAACGCCCAGUUCUUGUAGUCAAGCAAACCUAAGCGUUUUUUAUUGGUAUAUAACUACUGACUCUUGUAAUUCCCAGUCCCCUUAGACUUUUAAUUUUAAAGUCAAAUGUAAGAUUGUCGUAUUUUUUAAAUAUUUAAAGUAUACUUGUAAAUUCACAUGUAUUUCACCACUGGGGUGCUAUUUUUGAAUACUUUUAAUAAACCCUUAUUAUUAUUAUUAUAAAUUUAGCAACAUCAACCUGUUUUUGAAAUAACUUUCCUUGUCAUCCUCAGUUGGAUUAUCGAAGCAAUGAAACAAAGGUUAGCCAGCAGAGGACUUGGGGUAAGAAUGAUUACUGCUGAUUGAAUUAGCUUCGGGUCCAUUGUGAAGGAACGUUGUUCCUUUGCCUAGAGGUUAUUAUUUUGUACUCCUGCUCGAAAGGGUUUUGAUUCAAGCCCUUCCCAAAUUAUUGUGUUUUCUUUGUGGGCAAAGUCUUUACUCUUACAGUACUUCUCUUCAGCCUGAGGUACUCGUGGUUACCGAAACCUUGUAUGGACUGGCAUCGUCCUGGAGGUUGAGGGAGGGCGGGGGAAGGGGAAAAGUACUUCUCUCAGUCGCUUCUUGCUACUGAUACCAAGGAAACUUCCUGUUCAAAGGGUGGAUAUUCAUCCAGCGCUAUGCGCUGGAUGAAUAUCUAUCCGAUGGAUGAAUAUCUAUCCGAUGGAUGAAUAGUGCCGUAAGUUUUGUCAACGCAUCCGCUGGAUAGCGAUGUAUCCGUUGCAGGAUAAGUCUCUUGGCUUAAUAGCUUACUUCACCUUAAACUUGUUACACUUAUUGUGCAGAAAAGCUUUUUUCCAGUUGUAAUGGUUCAAAUAUGUUCUCUUUGGUUUUCAGUCUCUAUACGCUAAGUCUCCAAGCGAUGUGAAGGAACUGCUCAAGAUUGUCCUUACUUCUAAAGGAAAACUCCACGGACAAGACAUUGCACCGAGGUAUAUCUCCUCAUAACUUUCAACAUUUCUCAAUUAGUAUAUAAUCUGGGCCGCUUCUCUAUCUUUUACUAAUGAAAAAGAAACCGAUCGAGUGGUUUUCGCUUCGGAACUGAAGAUUCGGAUUUGAGCUUUCGCCGAUGUCAUUGUGAUGCGUUCCCGAGAACGGAGCUUUUCUCAGUGUGCCAUGUAAUUUGAGUUAAGAUCCGGUGCGAGCUAUAAGGUGAAUGUGAUGACUUUACUUCUCUUAUUUGUCAUAGGACUCCCUUACAGAAUCGUCAGCUGGAUGGUGCCGUGCAUCGAGUACCACCUGGGUUUUAUGACAAAGGUAAGAACUCAGUAGAAGUGUAAAUUUUUGUUCGCUUCGACUUCCGCUUUUCGACAUCUUGUAGUAAGGUUGAUAACAAAAUUAUAUAUGUUUAUUAUUGUAUCUGGAAAAAUAUAAAAUGACUAAUGACGAUAUUUUUCGCUAUCUAGUAUGGAGUGUACUGUUCAAGGCUCCCGAGGGAAUCAAAGUGUCUAACCAUACCCUAUUACAAGUGAGUGACUCUCUUCUUUCAUUUUUCCACCUAAGGAGAGUUUGGCACAAGCUAUGGACACAUUCACUUGUACUGUUACAUUACCAAAAACUCACCGAAAACCAAAAAUGGAAGUAUUGGCACACAUCCUAAAGGAAUUUGACAUUUACUAUGUAUUCAUUCUGUUGCGAAACAAUUUUUACCAAAACAGCCGUAAACCAGUGGCUUUAUUGGUAUUGAUGUUAGAGUACUAACUUUCUCUUCAAAAUGUUCUGCUCUCUUGCGAUGGACGUUGGCAACAGCUUGUUACUUACGGUGAAUGAUGGAAACUAUCCUGGCAAGCUUUCGAUCCCUUUAAGGAAAUAAUGUCGAUUAGAAAAAUUAUCCUUUUGGCAGUAAAAAUGAGAAAAGUAAAUCGCAGUCAUGGUUAAUGUGCGAAACUGUUUUCGGGUCAAAUUUUCAAGGUGAAAACGUUUUUUUUUUUUCAAAUAAAAUGAGGUUAAGGUUGUUAACUUAUUGGUUCAUUAAGGAAAGUACAGGAUACCGCUGACCUUUUCCUGUAUAAAUUUGUCUUGCAGCUUCCCACAAUAUCAGAUAUGACUAAACGUGAAAGGAAUUUUCAGCUGAAGGUGGAAGAACUUUUGAGCGACAUAUCAAACCCGGAAUACAGACAGACAGUCGUCGAGGUAUCAUUUUUUAUAUUCAUACUUCAAUUGAGGGAUAUACGGUAACUUCUAUUAGUGAAUAAGUUGGACUCCAGGUUGAUAGGUCUAGGUUCGAGUCCUCGCCGGAUAAUUAUUUCGUGCAUGCUCUUUGUAUCUCUCGUAACUCACAGAGUGUCCCUUCCCACCAAGAAGUAUGGAUGGGCACCAGAACCCUGCCAGGGAAACUUAAUGAACUGUUAGGGUGGGGUGGCACUGUGCGGUGGUCUCAACAACUUGUUCGAGAAGGGGAAUAAUUCUUCCAGCUGCAUUCUGCUAAAAAACCGGGAUAAACUCAGGCAGCAAUAGGCCAUGAGGUCCGUAAGACUAAGCACUAUUACAUCGGGAGUUGUUAAUGGUAAAUGAAAUUUAAAGUGACACGUUUUGGUAUUGAGCUCAUUUGCAGUCAUUUUAUCUCUUCAGCUACUUGUCGUGCUUGCUACAAUCCUUGAACGAAACCCUGAGGUGGAGUUGAGUCAGUGCAUCAAUUUAGACGAGGUAACCUGUCUUAGUAAGAGUGGCGCGAUUUGAACGGAAGGGAACAAACAAAAAUGAAAGAGAAAUGAGACGAAAGAACCAUUCAAAUGAACGAAAAAAUACAUUUAGCGAUCCAAUUGCUAAAUACUAGUAAAUACCAUCGGUAGUAGACUAUUUCACGAGCUUGAAAGUGUCUUGAAAUCAAAAAAGUCAGUCUCUCUUGUUUGAUGUAUUGAAUAUUCCAGUCGGGACAUUGUUAACGAGAAGUGAGAUGAAGUUUCAUAAACCUGUUUGAGACAAGUUCUUCAGUUUGCUUGACGAUUUAUAUGUAAGUUUAAGAAUCCCCUACAGUCUUUAGUUUGGAUAUAUUUACAUAUUCCCAUCUGACCUAUCUAUCACACAGCUUGUGGACGAAGCUCUUGAACUUUUUGCGAGUGAAUUGGGUUCAGAAAAUGAUCAGGUAGGUUGGAUUCAAUACAAAUUAAUCUGUUUUUGUACCACUUCUUACUGAAUCCCUCGAAUUCAAUGAAAUUUUAGAAUUUGAAUUGUAUUUCACACAAUUUUGUUCGCCUUCUUACUCCGUAAUGCGAAGAAAACCAGAGACCAAUUUUACAACACACCACGUGACGGACAAGGAGGCACCACGACUUACCUGACAAGGGCCGUCGUCAACAAACUCCUGAAAGGGAACGCGUGUGUAUCAUCGAACUGCUAUGUGAGCUAAUGGAUGAAGGCCCCACAAGUGUCCUGUAACAAAGGUUUGGUUGGAUCAAUUGGGGCCCAAGGCAGAUAAGGUGACUUUCGCCUUACAUGACAUGGCAACCUUCCGACACGCGGAAGGUCGAAUUCUUUCUAAUAUACCAACAGAGCGGAAGUGUAUCAUUCUCAAGGUGUUGAUAUUUGCUGAUGAAAAAUCAACUUCGUGUUGGGGAAUAAACAAAGGGGCACAUCGAAAUACUGAAUCCUUUAUGUCAACUUUUUUCCAAAUGUCAAGGGUCUCGUCGUGUUUUGCCUAGUAAAAGAUGAAAAAUAAGAGUUUUCGCAUGGAACGCCGCAUGGGAAAAUUGGAAUUCACUGUAAGUUAGAUCAGUCUAACUCUUUUUGUGAAUCUCCCAAUACGGAAGAGAUCGAAAAUAGCUUCAAAGUGAUUCCCGUUAGGGUGCGGCCUUUGGGUCUACAUUUGGUUCUGCAGGUGUGAGUUGGGAGCUGGAGAGCUGUAUUUUUAAUUCAACUCCCUCUAGUUACUAUGUAUAAGUUUCUCAGAAAGGACGUGACCAAUUGGGAUGGAAAUUACUUCAUGUUUUAAUGUAAGUUCCCUUUAUACGAAAAGGAACAUACGAAUGGAAACUUAAGAAGGAAAAUGUUUUUGUUGUCUUCGUUGCAUACAUCAGCAAAUAUAAGGAUUUGGUAAGAAGUGCCACUGUUUUGUUUUAUAGAAGAUCAAGACAUCUCAUCAUUAACUUUAAAAAAAGUUACGAGACAAUAGGCUUAUUUUAUUGACACAGAAUUAAUACAUAGGAAC